AUGCGAACGUUUUCCUCAGUCAUGGCUUCCACCCAGUCCACCACCACUGUGAUCACCGCGUGCUUGAUACUGUUCGUCACUGGGUAUUACGUGAAGCUGUGGCUCAUGCCCAGCAAAAGCCUGCGGAAGUCCAAGCGGCGCCUGCUGAUAGAAGCUUCCCGCAAUACUGGUGACGUUGAGUCUGUACUGGAUUACGAGUACGAUACCGAGCUGGACGGACCCGAUGUUGACUCCCGUGAGCUCAAUCAGGUACCGGGUGAUGUGAAGAUGGUGCUUGUGGUUCGUCAAGACCUCAAGAUGGGUAAGGGUAAAGCGGCAGCUCAGUGCAGCCACGCUACUUUAGCUCUUUACAAGAAGAUCACGAACCCCACGUCGCCUGCAUUCAACCCCGAAAUGGUUCAACGGUGGGAAUAUGGCAAUGGCCAAGCCAAGAUCACCUUACAAGUACCCAACCAGGAAGAAAUGGACAUUCUUUUCGCCCAGGCGCUCAGUCUCGGUGUAAAUGCCUACAUAGUCCACGAUGCCGGACGCACACAAAUCGCCGCCGGGUCGGCGACAGUGUUGGGGCUUGGACCGGCACCCAAGGCGGUGCUCGACGAAAUUACCGGUCUGCUUAAACUUUACUGA